AUGGUUGUCCCGCCCUGGUCGCCUCUUGUGAGCCUGGGUAUCGUUUCGAUUUUUUCUCUAUUGCAUCUUGUAUCGUCGCAUCCGAUCGAGGACGACCAGUCUAUCGUGGUCCACCUGCGACGUGCGUUCUCCCCCGACGAGUCUAACCAGCUGCCUGUGCAGGUGGCAGGCAUCGUUGCCAGCUACAUCAUCUUCGAUGCUCUGGUAGUUUUCCUGUUGCUGUUUGUUGGAAGACGGCUGCGCAGAGCUGUCCAGACAUCCAACUGCUCGCUUGAUGUGGUGAUGCUACAGCCCAUCAACAAGUUCGGAGAGAGCACUGAUCCAAGCCCCAUCUCCGGCGUCACCGGCGACACCAGUUUCCCCAGCCCAGACAAACCCCGUGGCUGGAAUAUGUCGUGGUCUAGUGUGUCAAAGAGCCACGGCCACAAAGGCCACACCUCGAUGAACAGCAGCAGCAGCAUCGCCACCGUCGACGAAAGCGUCGUCUCCGCUGACCGCCGCCGUGCCCAGGAGGAAAUGGAGAUCCUCUAUGCUGCUGUCAUGGAGCACGAUGCCAAAAAGGCUUCGGCCAAGUCGUCGCCCGUCAUUGGCGAGAAAGAGGCCAUGUCUCCCAUGUCCCCCGUGGAACCUCCUCCUAUUCAGAGCCCUCAGCUCUUCCCACCACCACAGUAUCAAUACCAGGCUCCCCUCUCCCCUCGACAGGGAAGCACAGCAACAAACAAAUCGCGCACUAGCCAGCGCCUGUCCAGGAUUUCAAACCUGUCCAUCUUCAACCCUUCUCGACUGUCCUCUGCCAGCGCAAACAAACUCAAAUCCCCGCGCUCAGUGCGAGAACUACCCAUCUCUCCUCCCGUCAAAUCGCCCGAAGCCGUGCGAACGGCAACUUUCCAGGACAGCCAACCACUGUCACCGCGAAUCUACAACCCUGGUCCACCGCCAACAGCUCCUCUACCUGGCAGCAACAACAACAACACCCCCCGGGGCUUUGCGCUGCAGCCCAUCAGCCCCCCGAGCUCGCGGACACAUCAUCCACAUGCCCCGGCGCCGCUGACCAUCAACCCCAACAGUGCUUCAGCCCUCCCAUUCCGCCAGCAAUUCAAUCCUCCGCUGAGCGCGCCGCCGACCAAGACCACGAUCCUCGAACGUCCGGCUUACGUUCCGGGAGGGCCGCGCACUGGCAUGCCAACACCAUAUAGUCCGUACAUGCCGUUUACACCUGUUACACCUCUGACGCCGAGUCGGCUAGUGACAAAACGCGAAAAACGGCGUCAGCAGAAGAGUAAUGGGCUCAGAGUGUUGCAUGAGGAUGACAUGGUGAAGAACGAUGAUGAUAUAUGGGGGACAUAA